GACGUUUCUUAAAGGAGACCCUUCUUCAUCCCUACACUUAUCUAUCUACUGCUGGGGGCAGCGCAGAAGGGUUUGCAAGCCUCGGGAAGCGAACCCGCGAUCCAGCCUGGAAAGCUCUCCGCACGGCGUGGGUCGGGGGGGGAGCAAGCCGGAGCCAAGCCCGCACGGCGACGGGUGCCAGGCGUCAUGUCCAUGGAGGACCCCUUCUUUGUGGUGAAAGGGGAAGUUCAGAAGGCAGUAAAUACUGCUCAGGGGCUGUUCCAGAGAUGGACAGAACUCCUACAAGAUCCGUCAACAGCUACAAGAGAAGAAAUUGACUGGACCACAAAUGAGCUGAGGAACAACUUAAGGAGUAUUGAGUGGGACCUUGAAGAUUUAGACGAAACAAUUAGCAUUGUUGAAGCGAAUCCUCGGAAGUUCAACCUUGAUGCCACGGAACUAGGUGUGAGAAAAGCCUUCAUCACAAGCACUCGGCAAGUGGUCCGGGAUAUGAAGGAUCAAAUGUCAAAUACUUCUGUUCAAGCACUGGCUGAAAAGAAAAACAGGCAGGUGCUUCUGGGAGAAAGUAGAACACCCAGCUGGAGCUCCAGGCCGGAUAAAUACACCCGCUUGGAUCGAGAACUGCAGUCUGCAAAUUCACACUUCAUUGAAGACCAGCAAGCACAGCAGCAGUUAAUCAUUGAUCAGCAGGAUGAACAGUUGGAGCUGGUCUCUGGCAGUAUUGGAGUACUAAAGAAUAUGUCCCAACGCAUUGGAGGGGAAUUGGAUGAACAAGCUGUUAUGUUGGACGACUUCUCUCAUGAGAUGGACAGUACCCAGUCCCGAAUAGACAAUGUUAUGAAGAAACUUGCAAAAGUAUCCCAUAUGACUAGUGAUCGAAGACAGUGGUGUGCAAUUAUCAUCCUCCUUGUUAUCCUUGUGGUGGUGCUUAUUCUGUUUUUUGUGCUGUGAUAGCUUGGGGCUCAGAUUUUUUUUUUAUGUGCUCCUCCUGUGCAGACAUCUUAGCACUAUUCCUGCCCACCAGAGAAAACUCUUAUCGAAAACGCUCUAGGAGAGUUUGAUACUGUGCUCUGCUGUGGAUGGCUAUCAGUGACACAACUCUCUGUCCUCGUGGUUCUUCUUCUCAUGACCUUCAUUAUCUUGCUCAAGGAAGAGAUGGACCAUUCACACACACACACACAAAUACUGUUUACACUGGAAAUUGUUCCCCUGGGCGAAAACAUUGGACUCUUGCCAAUGCUCUACUAUGAGGCAGGUGGUUUAGACGGGAAGAAACCACUGUGUGAUCCUUUCCAUCCUAUCGCAGAUAUAAGCCACCAGAUGCCUUUUGUCUGCUUAUCAUAACAGGACUCUUGCCAAUGUUAAACAAGCAUACGUACAGGUGUGGAUUCACACAACAAGCAGAUCCUGCAGAAACGAUUCCAUUGCUGACAAGGUUUCUUUCCCAGGUCUUUUACGCAGCCAAGCCGGCCAAAUAAUCUUGGAUCUUUAAAGGAGGGAAACAGCCAGUAAGAACAGCCACUGAACUUAUACUGUGAAUAUCUGUUUCCCUCCGGAACAGGAUUGUGCGCUUGAAAAUGUCAAGGGUACGUAGUUUUGUACCCACCGUUGUCAGGCUAACUAAUGUUAAAGAGAACAAUAGUAAGUUACACACACCAAGCUGCAGGCCUGAAUCUAAAUAAAGUCGGUCUCAGUACUCCUGAAAGUAGGGGAAAUGGCAAAUAGAUUCAUAGCAAGUCUGGGCAUUGGACUGGAAUUCAGUUUUUGCUUCAGGGAGGCAGACUGGCCCCAGCAGGCUAAUACAGGCUGUAAGCAAAAUAUGUGCAUGUUUGUGUUGUACACCAGAUAGCUGUAUCGACAUUACAGACCUGUAUUCUCAGUUUUACUGCAAUGUAGACAAAGACAAAGCCAGUUGUGGUUGCUAAAAUCUUGUGGUUUUGUGGCUUCGGUUAUCAGUUUCCUGAAAAGAGAAGCUUAUGUUUGAAUUCUGCUAAUUUAAGAGAUGCUUCUACCGGAUAGAUGUCAAGAUUUAAAUGCAGGAAUGGAAAAUGGCAAUCUGCCUCUUCCUUGUGUCUUGUGUUUACAUCUUGGGGAGAAUAGGGAUUCCCCUAGAUGCCCAAGCACACAAGGAAACGAAAUUGCACAACUCCUUUAAUGUUUUCAGAACUUAAAAGUGUUGUGGCAAAAUGCACUCCAAAAGAAUAUGGAAUCAUUCCAGUCCUCUUUAUGAUAAAAUACUUUUGCCAUUAUUUUACUAUUUGAUGGAAUUAACUGCAGGCUAAUAAGCAGAUAGGAUUGUGGUUGCUCCUGGAUCUUAUCUCUGGGCGUUUUCCCUCUAAGGCCUGGUAACAGAGGAAGCUCCAUUCCCCUAUUCUGUAUAAGGCGGUUUACUUGAACUCUACAAAAUCAUCACUUCCUUUCUAAAAUGUUAUCUGGUAUGAAAUUUUGGGAUGUUCUGUCCAGACAUCAUGAUGACAAAAAAAUGGAAUAUUUUGGA